UUGUCUUUUCAUAUUAUGGAUGAAGCAAGUGAAUUCGUGAUUAAAUAAUUAAACGAUGCAAAAUAAUUUUCUAAGUUGAUUGGAUGUACGAGUUUUGUGUGUUAUUAUUUUUUAUGCGCUAAUGUGGUCUAUGGAGUUAAUUCGAAAACUGCCUACAUAUUGAUAUUGAUUUCCUCAUGUUGUUCUCCCUUUGCGAAGUGGGGCCAAUUUGAAUUGUCAAAGUUUCUACUUCUCUCCAUUUGAAAAUAAAAUUUUCUUUUACGGUUGUCUCUUUCAUAUCACUUUGUCUUACUUUAUUUCUUUUGUAUUUUAUUGUUAACGAAGCACACUUCACUAAUAUUAGUUCUUUUGACAUUGACGUUGCUUCUACCAACAGUGAGUGCAUGUGUAUAAAUAUCUCUCGUUCAUUCUAUUUUCUCUCAUUACCCAUCUUUCUCUUUCGCAGCCCCCAACUAUCAACGAUGCAACUGCUUUUGAUAAAGCCAAACAAUCCCACGACUAAUAACAAUAGUGGAGCAAGAGUUUUCCUUCUUAGGCUCGGUUAUUGAUAUAAGUUACUCAAAUAUAUUCAAUUUGUUUGGAGCAUGCCUACUUUUUGACCUACAUAUUAUAUCAUGUUCUUAAUUUCAAGUUAUUAUGCAUGUAAAUAAUUGUCAAUUAAUGCAAAUUACACAUAAAAAAAGAUUCCACACAUGACAUCGCAAAAUCAACCGGGAAAGGAUCGAAGAAUGUUUUUUUCUAAAAGUGAAGAGAAAGGGGGGAGAGACUCAGACUCAAUUUUCUCCCACCAUUGAUUCUCUCGCUCGCUCUCUCCCUCCAUUCAUUGGGAUCUCCUCUGCGAUUUGAUCAAGAUGAUCAUCCCCUAUCUCACCGCCUUGACCACCUACUUCAGCUAUGGCCUACUCUUCGCCUUCGGUCAGCUGCGCGAUUUUUUCCGCAAGUCUGUCGAUUGCUGGUCUGCUAGCACCCUACAGGGAUAUGCGCCCAUCUGUUUGGGGCUUGAGGAUUUCUACAUUCGCCGCCUGUAUUUGAGAAUUCAGGAUUGCUUCAACAGACCAAUAUCAAGCCCUCCGGAUGCUUGGUUUGAUGUGGUGGAGCGUGUCUCCAAUGAUAAUAACAAAACACUAAAGCGAACAGCAAAGGUUAAUAGGUGCCUGAACUUGGGAUCUUAUAACUAUCUAGGAUUUGCUGCAGCAGAUGAAUACUGCACACCUCGUGUAAUUGAGUCCUUGAAGAAAUAUACUCCAAGCACCUGUAGUACUCGGGUUGAUGGAGGCACAACAAAAUUGCAUGCUGAACUGGAGUUGUGUGUUGCCAAUUUCGUGGGAAAGCCAGCUUCUAUUGUAUUUGGGAUGGGUUAUGUAACAAAUUCAGCCAUUCUCCCUGUACUAAUUGGAAAGGGAGGUCUGAUCAUUAGUGACUCUCUGAACCAUAACUCAAUAGUCAAUGGUGCUCGUGGAUCCGGGGCUACUGUUCGAGUUUUCCAGCAUAACACACCAUCACAUUUGGAGAAUGUUCUGAGGGAGCAAAUUGCUGAUGGACAGCCCAGAACUCACAGGCCCUGGAAAAAGAUAAUUGUUGUGGUGGAGGGAAUCUACAGUAUGGAAGGGGAACUUUGCAAGCUCCCUGAAAUUGUUUCCAUCUGCAAGAAAUACAAGGCAUUUGUUUAUCUUGAUGAGGCUCACAGCAUUGGAGCUGUAGGGAAAAGUGGAAGAGGUGUUUGUGAACUCCUAGGAGUUGAUACUGCUGAUGUGGAUAUAAUGAUGGGAACUUUCACUAAAUCAUUUGGAUCAUGUGGUGGUUAUAUUGCAGGAUCUAAGGAACUUAUUGAAUACCUGAAAUACACAUGUCCUGCUCACCUUUAUGCCACGUCGAUAUCAGCACCAGCUGCUCAGCAAAUUAUUUCUUCCAUCAAGGUUGUUCUUGGAGAAGAUGGUUCUAGCAGAGGGGCGCAAAAACUAGCUAGGAUUCGUGAGAACAGCAACUUUUUCAGGUCCGAAUUGCAGAAAAUGGGGUUUGAGGUUCUAGGUGAUAAUGAUUCCCCUGUUAUGCCAAUAAUGCUCUACAAUCCUGCAAAAAUUCCUGCCUUUUCACGAGAGUGCCUCAAACGGAAUGUUGCUGUGGUUACGGUUGCUUUCCCAGCCACCCCGUUAUUGUUGGCCCGUGCUCGCAUUUGCAUUUCUGCUUCUCAUUCAAGAGAAGACCUUCUCAAAGCUUUAGAGGUUAUGAGCACAGUAGGGGAUAUGGUGGGUGUUAAGUACUUUCCGGCGGAGCCGAAUAAGCAGCAAGUGGAGGUAGGGCAGGUUAAGGUAGAUUGAAGAAACACCAAUGUUACAUCCAAGUUUAGAAUGACUAACGUAUAUAGGAAUAUCAUUACCCUUGUUUUUAGCCAAUUUAUCUGUGAAAUUCUGUUCUACUUCUGUUGCGUACAGAAACAAAUAAUUUAUGCACAGUGGCUUGGUAUUCAACCUCCCAAAUUUUGGGAAUAA